AUGGAAGGAUAUCGCAAUCAAAAACGGGAUAAUCCCCGGGAUUCCAAACAUUCUAACUCUUUAAAGGAACAGGAAACUCAGGAAUCUUCCUCAAAAAGGGCCAAAAACGAAAAUUUUGAAAAGUUACACAGCACAAGAACGGAACUUCUACACAAACACUUCGGUUAUACCGAUGAGAAUAACCCAUUUGGAGACGAGGAACUGACCCAGCCUUUCAUUUGGGGAAAGAAUGAGAAGUUCAAGUCGCCAGAUAAUAAAAAAGGGCCAGAGCUGUCAGUGAACGAGGUUCAAUCGAAAGUCGAUGAAUUAAAGGAGCUGAAGCAGAGAAGAAAACAUUAUGAGCUGGAAAAGUCGAAAUUGAUUGAAUCGAGACUCACGAGCGACAAAAAGAAUGAUGAAUCAUACGAAGAAUGGGAAGCAAAGGAGAUGGAGUUUAAUCUGAAGCAAAUAGUUGCGAAGCCGCUGAUGAGAUAUAAACAAGGAAGGCCUAAGUUGGUGGACAAGCUUAUACUAACAGUGGACCCGGAUUUUACAGAGUCGUUUAAGGAAGAAUUUGAAAUAAAUAACCUGUUUAAACGGCAGAGUUCAGAAGAUGUUAAAGAGGCAGUGGAAAUAAUAAAUGCUUAUCUACAGCUGGAAAAGUUGCCAGAGUCGACGGAGUAUUUAGAGAACCUGCUAGUGUUAGCAAAGGAGCCAGCACAAAGUAACUUUGAGUUGACAGGGGUCUCCCAAAUGGUAGGAGAGAAGAUUGAUCAAAUCAUGUCAAGUAAAUCACUGAGUGAGCUGGAAGUGUUUGAAACUCAAAUUAAAAAGAAGUUGGAACUAGGAGUAGUUGACACGAACUUCUGGGAAACAGCACUGUCAAGAAUCCCGUACUUUAAGGCGUGCAGAUAUGUGUCGAACGUGUUGAGGGGAUCUGACCGCAGUGAUGCCCCUGCGACUGCAAGUGACUCGAAUGAUCGUAAGGAGUGGGAAGACGAGAGCUCGAAAACGAAAGUAAAAAGUGAAGGAAAGAAGGAGAUGAAAGAUAGAAGGUCAGACGGAAAAAAGAAGGGAAGCUAUGAGAAGUUUGUACAGUACACAAAGUUGGAGGAGGACGAGGAAAUAUUCGACGACCUCGUAGAUUUAAGAGGAGAACACGGAGACCUGGAAACUCCGAAGUAUUUUAACAGAGUUAAAAGGGGAUACGAGUGGACGAAGUACAACAUGGCACACUAUGACCCGGAUCAUCCGCCUCCGAAGCUGGUGCAAGGGUACAGGUUUAACAUCUUUUACCCGGAGCUGAAGGGCAAGGUUCCGCAGUGGAAGCUGCAAAAGGACGGAGAAAAAACUGAAACGGCACUGAUAAGGUUCAUCGGAGGCGCCCCGUACAGAGAUAUCGCGUUCAGAGUGGUCAACAAGGAAUGGGUGACGGACCCUCAGAAGGGAUUCAAAAACUUCUUCGACAACGGAGUGCUGCAUCUUUACUUCGACUUUAAGAAGAUAAAAUAUAGAAGAUGA